AUGGCUUCUAGCUCUGGUCUGACGCGCCGGAGAGGAGGCGGCGGCGCUGCCGGCAACGGCGAGGACGAGGGCAGCCGGGUCAGCUCGCCAGCACCCAAGCGCAACGACGACCGCACCCCCGAAACCUCCUACGAAAGCUCCGAGAACGGCCACAAGAUUGCAUUCGAUCCCCGCGAUAUCAGCGAAAAUGCAGAGAGGAGCAAACAGCCAAAGCUGACGCUCAUGGAGGAGAUUAUCCUUAUGGGACUGAAAGACAAACAGGGAUACCUGUCGUUCUGGAACGACAACAUCUCCUAUGCGCUACGAGGAUGCAUUGUCAUAGAACUGGCCUUCAGAGGCCGUGUGAGCAUGCAGAAGGACUCGAAUCGACGCCGCUUCCCCCUCGCAGACAGGGUCAUCGAAGUUAUUGAUGACACGUUGACUGGAGAGGUCCUACUGGACGAGGCCCUGAAGAUGAUGAAGUCGAGCGAGAAGAUGAGCGUCAACUCCUGGAUCGAUCUCAUGAGCGGAGAGACAUGGAAUCUCAUGAAGAUUGGCUACCAACUGAAACAAGUACGCGAACGACUAUGCAAAGGCCUCGUCGACAAGGGCAUCCUGCGCACCGAAAAGAAGAACUUCCUCUUGUUCGACAUGGCUACACACCCCGUUGCAGACGGCGGCGCAAAGGAGGAGAUUCGACGUAGAGUCCGGAACGUUCUCACCAACCGUACCGUGGUCCUUCCUGGCAGCCAGUUCCUCCCCGAAGAGUUGGAGUUCAGGGUGCUUCGAACCAUCACCAUGGUCUGCGCCGCCUAUGCCGCCAACGUACUAGAGAACGCCUUGACAACGUUGGGUCACGAAGCGCGGGAACGGGCUUUCGCUCAAGUGGACGAGUUGCUGGCAGAGUACUCACAAUGGCCCUUUGCAAAGAGGCAGGGGGGUUCACAGGGUGUCGGCGCAAACUUGGGUCAGCUCAUCACUGAUGAAGUUAAUGGUUCCAAGGAUAAGGAGCUUCAACUUGAGGUUGUUGCUGCGUGCUUGAGCGUCUUCACUCGACUGGACUCAUUGCUUUGA